UAUUUUGGAUUGUAAUUUAUUGCAUUAAUUUCCCGUUAAGUGCUGUUAUUUUAAAAUUCUUUUAUUAUAUUGACUCUCUGUUACAGCAUUUAUAAGAAUCUGAACGAGUUUUGUCAUUGAUUUAAUCUGUAUAUAUUUUAAACAUGUCGCAUACAAUUCUUUUAGUUCAGCCUGGUAAACCAGAAACCAGGACUUAUUCAGAUUUUGAAUCGGUGAAUGAGUGCAUGGAAGGUGUUUGCCAUCUAUUUGAAGACCAUCUCAAAAGACAGAAUCCGAAUACAGCUUCAAUCACUUAUGAUAUAAGUCAGCUGUUUGACUUCAUUGAUAAUCUGGAUGAUCUCAGCUGUUUGGUCUUCCAGAAGUCUACUAUGACAUAUGCUCCAUACAACAAGGAUUGGAUAAAGGAGAAAAUUUACAUUCUUCUGAGGCGGCAAGCGACAAAGAAUCAGUGACAUGUUUUAACAUAUAUUCUGUAAUUUUCAUUGUACUAAAAAAUUACGUGUCAUAAUCUCAUAGUAUAUCAUUCAGUGAUGUUUAUUGCAUUACUGUAUAGAAUUUUUUCCUCCGAAAAAUAUUUUAUGAAGUAAAGCCUUUGUAUUUUCCCUUUUUAUGUGAAUGUGUAAUUUUUCUGUUUUUGUAAUAGCAUUAUAAUCAACAUUUGUAUAUUGUGAUAAUGAAAAAAAAAAAAUGUAAUGUAAUGUAAAAUGAUGUACUUAUUUUGAAAUUUUCAAAAUUGUUUCCUUUUAUUAAAAUAACUUUUGCAUGCCCUAGAGCUUAGUUUCUCAUUUAGUUAUCCAAAGAAUACAAGAUGACUUAUUUUGAAUUCUGGUACUUCUGCAUAUUUUGAUAUGUAUUGCUAAAUAUAUUUUCUUUGUAGUUUACUUUCAUUGUAAAAUAAAAAAUUAUAAGGCUUUUAUUUCA